AUGGCGCGCCCCGUUGAAGCCAGACCCGUACGGGUCGCCAACUGCUCCGGCUAUCAUGGCGACCCAGCAUAUGAAAUGUACCGCCAGGCGACACUAGGCGAUGUCGACUUCAUCACCGGUGAUUAUCUUGCAGAGGUCAAUCUAGCCAAUAAUGCACAGGCAUGGAGAGAAGGAAAACACCCAGGCUAUGAACCAACAGCAUGGCACGGUCUACAGCAGACAAUCGACGUAAUCGCCCAGAAAGGAAUCCGGGUGGUUAUCAACGGGGGUGCUUUAGACCCCAAGGCCCUCGCGCUGAAAGUAGAGCGACUGGUAUCUGAGAAAAGUCUCAACCUCCGCGUCGCGUACCUCUCAGGCGACGACAUGUACCCAGUCCUCGGCCCCAACAUGCCCAGCACAAAAGACUCCCUGCGCCAUCUCGACGCCGGAAACCCAUCUGCUGCUCCAUCCGAGCUCACAUAUGCCUUCCUCAACAACGAUACUAGCAAGCCAGUCCCCAUGGUCUCAGCCCACGCGUACCUCGGCGCCCGCAGCAUCGUCGACGGUCUCCGCCGCGGCGCAGAUAUCAUAAUCUGCGGCCGUGUCGCGGACGCAAGCCCCGUAAUCGCCGCAGCGUGGUUCUGGCAUGGCUGGGCUGCAACGGACUAUGAUGCGCUUGCUGGGUCGUUAAUUGCAGGCCAUCUGAUUGAGUGUUCGGCGUAUGUGACUGGUGGGAAUUUUGCGGGGUUCGACGAUGAGGCGAAGUAUGAUCUGGAGAACCUAGUUGCGCCUGGGUUUCCGAUUGCGGAUAUUAAUCGGGAUGGGACUUGUGUUAUUACGAAACAUCCGGGGACUGGGGGCGUGGUCAAUGUUGAUACGGUCCGGUGUCAGUUUUUGUAUGAGCUGCAGGGAACGACGUAUCUGAAUAGUGAUGUUAGUGCGCAUCUCAAGGACGUUUUGAUUGAGGAUGCUGGGGUGGAUAGGGUACGCGUAUCAGGUAUAAGAGGCUCCCCACCACCGCCGACAACCAAAUGCGCCGUUUUCUAUCACGGCGGCUACGAAGCUCAGCUCCUCCUCAACGCAACGGGCUACGGCACCGCCAGGAAAUGGGACCUCCUCGAGAAGCAGCUCCGCCAUUUUAUCUCGGCGGAGGCUGCAAAGGAUCUUGAGACAUUGGAGUUUCAAAGGGUCGGAGUCCCAGCCGCAAACCCGCGCUCCCAGCUAGAGAGCACGACAUACCUACGUGUAUUCGCAUCCUCUCGCAACGAAGCAUCCGUUCGUGCAGUCGCCAAGGCCAUGGGAGACAUCUCAUUGAAGCAUUUCUCCGGCUUCCACUCAUCCCUAGACAUGCGCACCGCCAUCCCCCGGCCAUUCCUCGCCUACUACCCAGCCGUAGUCAACCAGUCAUCCAUCAGCGAGAUGAUAAACUUCAUCGACGGCCCUGAAAAGAUCAGCAGCUUUGAUACUGGACAUCCCCCGCAGUACUCCUCUGCAGAUAUCGUUAACGUCCGCGAGUCCUACGACCCAGAACCGGAACAGGAACAGGAACAGAAACCAGAACAGGAACCCAAAGGCAGUAGCAAAACAAACCCAACCCGCCUCGGCACCCUCGCCCUCGGCCGCUCAGGCGAUAAAGGCGGGAACCUGAAUGUCGGUCUAUUCCCAACAACAAACAGCCCCGCGCACUGGUCCUGGCUGCGGAGGUACAUGACCAGAUCGCGCAUGCGGGAGCUCAUCGGGGAAGAGGACUGGGACGAGAGCUAUCAUAUUGAGCGGGUGGAGUUCCCGGGCAUCCGGGCGGUGCAUUUUGUGGUCUAUGGGAUCUUGGGCAGGGGUGUUAGUAGUUCGUCGAGGUUGGAUGGGUUUGGGAAGGGGUUUGUGGACUUUAUUAGGGAUAGGGUUGUUGAGGGGCCUGUUGGGUUUGGGAGCAAGAUAUAG